AAUAAUAAUAAUAGAAUGAAUACACAAGAAUUACUAAAAGCUCUUGACCCGUUAACCGUCAAGACAGUUGGCGUGUAUGCUGCGGAUAGAAUUCCAAACGUUUUGGAAUACCCCGCGGCCAUCAUAGCUAAUACAGAUGAUCACACGAAGAAAGGAACACAUUGGAUUGCUAUCUACAUAGACUCAAACGGUUAUGGAACAUACUUUGACAGUUACGGACUACCACCAAUGUCCCAACAUCAUCUUAAACGACUCAAAAGAAAUUGCAAGCGGUAUCAGUGGAAUAAAAAUAAGUUGCAAAGUUUUGAUUCACAGGUGUGUGGCCAGUAUUGUGUUAUGUUCCUUUACCAUAUGGUUAGGCUACCUAACUUGCGCGCGUUUUGUCAUAAGUUCUCGCUAGAUUCACGAAAAAAUGAUGCCGUAGUUGUAUCGUUCUAUAAAAAGCUGUUACGAAAUAAUAAUCAUCGUGUACGCUCGAAAGAUGUUAGAAGGUUUGGAAGUGAAGCCUCGCGCGGCUCAGGAUUUUGUAAUCAAACAUGUACUUCGAGAAUGUAUGUAAAGUAAUAAUAAUAAUUGUCA